AAGGGAGGGGGAGGUUUUGAUUGAUUGACUGACUGAGAGAGAGAGAGAGAGAGCUUGGGCGUGGCUUGGCUGGGUUGGCUUGUGUUUGCUUGGAUUUGGAAUUUGGAAUUUGGAUUCCGACGCUUCUUCUUCUUCCGACUCUCCAUUCUCCUCCGGCAAACAAACCUUCUCUAAUACGAUGAUGUCAUCAUCAUCCACAUCAAUUUCUGCUGCUGCGGUUCCGGUAUUAUUUUGCAGAAAUCUAUCCACUCUUGCUCGGACAGGAUCAUGCAGCAUUACACAGCGGAUUGGGAUUCAUCGAGGGCAGGCAGCAGCAGCUUUCCAUUCCCUUCACAACGUCAUGACGUGCAGGUCCGGAAAGUACUGUGUUCAAAAUGAGUUCCUAAAUAGUUGUGCUCGUAAAGCAUUGCGGAUGACUCGAAUCAUGGCUUCUCAGGAAGGAGUGCCUCAAGAGAUUUUGGAGGACAGCAAAUUUGUUCCAAUCAACGAGGAUGAUCCUAGGUUCGGUCCUCCAGCUAUGCUGCUAUUGGGGUUUAGCGACGAUGAUGUUGCAACUGCAUUAAAAAUGUUAAAAGAUAUGGGUGGGAGCUUCAUGGAGGUGCUGUUGUGUACCGAAGUGAUGAUGAACGGCACUUUGAAUGAAGCUUUGAACACUGUACAACCAGAUUUGUCUACAGUCGAGACAGUGCAGGGUUUGCAUCCAAUCUGCUUCUUGUCAGGAUUAACUGGCGAGGAACUCAUGAUGCUCGUCCGCGCUUUUCCUGAAGUUGGUCUAACAGGGACUGCAUUUGCUGCACAUGUGCCGAAGAACAGCAACAAGCUGAUGAGGGAGCUAGUUGAGGAAAUCAUGGGUGAUCAUGAGAGAUUGAGCAAACCUAGACAACCUGCACAAUCAUAGGCUGUGGAGACGGCAACUAAUUGUCAACUGAUUGUUCACUUGCCCACUUUGUGACGUAUGGCUGGAGAGACUCUUGCCGUGCUGUAGCUAAUUUUUUUACUAGAAUACUGGUGCCUCUCCCAUGAUCUAAUGCUUUGACAUCGUUAGUGCAAUUGAAGAAUCACUUUGCAGGAUCAAGACCAGGUCGUGUACAAGUCUGAAAGUUUUGUAGACGGAAACAGUUCGUACCGACUUACAGAGCAAGAUAAAUUCAGUUGAAUAAUGCCUUUCUGGUGCGAUCGUAAUUUGCUUUGAUUCUCACCUAGAGUGCCACAAUGACUUGUAGAGUCAUACAUUCCUGGCAAACACUACUGUUUUGGAGAUUCUGAAACUAACGAAAUCAAUGUGUGAUGGUUUUCCUGAA